UCUAUUCAUUUCUUUUCUUUGCGUUGCUGUGCUAAUAUCUAAAACAAACUUUAUCUUUUAUUUUUCGCAUUAAGUAUUUCCGGUCGUUUGAAUUCGAAGAAUAGAAGACUUUCCAAGUUUGCAAAGUUUUUUAUAAAUAGCAAAAGCAGAUAACGUUGAAAAUAAAUUUAUGUGUCAGUUUAAUACACUACACGCCCUUGUACGUAAUUGAACUAGGAUAUCUUUUAGUCGCGCAUUUUCGACUCUCAAGACUCGAGUACUUUUCCACGCAAUCUCGAAAAACACUUUUUCUUUCGACAAAUUCGUAUGCGUACUAAGUGUGUCUUGUCAAUCGAAUCCACUUGGAUUCCACAAUGGAAGUCACUUCGAUAUGCCACUCAAGAUAAACUAAUGACGCGUGUUGGGGAACCAGGAGAAGUAUGCGAUAAGCAUGAAGAAAGAACUCAAGAACUUCCACGAGAGAAUGUAUGCGUAGCUUUAAAUUCCAAGAGUGUUCAUUUUAUUCUUAAUUUAUGGAAAUGAAAAGUUCGAUCGAAUUUUCUUGUUUCUCUCUCAAAAAAUUUUCCCUAAUUUAACUAUUUGUAUGUGUGGGGACGUUUAUAACGGCGCUUAAAAAUAGUUUUUUCUGACAUUUGAUGACCAAACAUUAGAACCCUUCACUUGUUUUGGAGUGUGGAAAGGUGUUCAAAGCAAUCGAUUUCAUUCAUAAUCACAAAAAAUGUGCCCACGUGAUUUUUAGUUUCUAUCUCAAAACAUGAGGGUAAUAAACAUCGGGACUUGUAAAAAUUUUAUGUGAUGAUUGACACGAAUUGAGUGACAUGCUUUUGAGCUCAGCUCAAGCGAGACAGUGUAGUGACUGUGAUGAUGCUGAUGAUGAUGACCGCGAUGAUGCAGGCACAACCCACUGCAUAUGGUAUUUCAAACUGUUUAAUAUAAAAGACAGAUGCCAAGGUCUGUUCUCAACUCAGUUUGUGGAUGCUGCUGCCAUAGAACACAUCAUGUUAUCGUAUUCUCUGCUUGCCGUGCUGCUGCUCGGCUUUUACUCGGCUGCUAAUGCUUCGCUCUUGAACUGCAACUGUGAGCCAGGACCUCCGGGUCCGCCUGGACCGCGUGGCCCUCCAGGUCUUGGUGGCCUCGGCAGUGCUGGAGGCGGUGGCGGCAUCUGGGGUUAUCCGCCUGUGCCGCCCUUCAACCAACACAUUCCACCACUGAUUGGACCCAGAGGAUUGCCUGGACCGCCAGGACCACCUGGCUACUGCUUUCCCUGUCAGUACGGUGGUCAAGGUGGCCAAGGAUUCGGUCCGAAUAACUUUGGCUUGGCUGGUCCCGGCGGUGUUCAAGGACAGGGCAUUGCCUCAGCCAUUGGCAACAUUAUCAUUAUUCCCUCGGGCGUCAAUGGACGUGCGCAACUUUUCCGUAUCACACCCGAUGGGCAGCUAGUGCGAAUUGAAAACCCCCGCGAAGGGAUAAAUGAGAUACUACCCAGCAAUUUGCAAGAUUUACUCGCCCAACAGGCAGCUGUACCCACAGCAGCCACAACAUCAGGAAUUACGCCGCCAGGUCAGGCCAGACCAGGAGCUACGCCCCCCACACCCGAUGAUCAACCCGAAGGAUUAGAUGAAGCCAUGUUUGCUGUUUCCUCUAACAAUAUGGAAUCGCGCAAGGAGGCAGCGUUGCGUGGCAUUACCGAUGCCAACGAUUGGCGUCGGGUGCUGCUUUUGGGUGAACCGAAUGCUCAUAGUGCGGCCAGCUCGGAACCGGGAAGCACUAAUCAGCUGGAGAGCAGCAUGGAUAGUUUUCAGCGCGCCCUCGUCGAUUUGAGGGACAAGUACGCUUCGCUUAUUCAGCCACGCACCACCGAUCAACGAUAUGCCGUCAUCCUCUAGACUCCUAAGUAGACCCACUUAAUAUACAGUUAUUAUAAUAAACACGUACUGAUAAUUCCUAACAAUCUUGACACAAUCGCGUCUCAAUCUAUGGCUUAUUGACACACCCUAAUGAAAUACCCUCAAUGGAGACACAGACGUUGGUAGCGAGAAGGAGAGUGUGCGAAACAUUCUAGAGUCUAAAUAUGGAAUUUCCUGGGGUCUUGAGAUAAUCUCGCCUC